AUGGCCUCCUUUGGGGCGAGGGCCAUGUCCCUUUUUGGGCGCGCAGCGUCGCCGGAGGAGGAGCACGACACUGCGACCUUUGAAGCGAUGGCACAGAGUGCACCUGAAUCGCUGGGCUUUGAUUCCACGAUGCUCAGCGAGACACCGAUUGUGUUCCCAAGCAUGGUCACGUUGAAUCCUAUGGAGCCGCCAAUGUCGGUUGAUUCCCUCGCCCUCGACGCAAACGAGGCUAAGCUGCAAGAAAAAAAGGGACUAGUGGGCAGUACAGGUAUUGUAUACGACACACGCAUGAUGUUGCAUCGGGUUCCUGUCGGUGAUCAUCCCGAGCGCCCCGAGCGCAUCGCCAAGAUUUUCGACCUGCUCGAGCAGCACGGCUUGGUCGCGCGCAUGGUCCGCGUGCCAGCGCGUGAGGCGCUGCGUAGUGAAGUGGAACUGGUCCACGAAUCUCAUUUAUGGUCUGACUUUGAGCGUCUCGUCGAGCUUACCCUAACAGCAGCAUUGCCGCCGGAGGAGCUUGCAGCAUACAAUGAAGCGCUCGAUAAAUCCGCUUCCUUGUAUCUAAACAGCUACUCGACACUGAGUGCGCGUAUAUCGUGCGGGAGUGUGAUUGAAAUAUCCGACUGGGUCAUUACGGGCAAGGUGCGGAAUGGCUUGGCUGUCGUACGUCCGCCUGGACAUCACGCAGAGCCGCAAUCCGGGACUGGUUUUUGCUUGUUUAACAAUGUUGCCGUCGCCGCCCAGUCUAUGCUUGAACGGUUCAAAGAAGGACCACAUCGGGUGCAGCGCAUCAUGAUUGUCGAUUGGGACGUGCACCACGGGAAUGGCACACAAAAAGCAUUUUGGAACAAUAAAGAUGUGCUCUACGUAUCGCUCCACCGCUACGAAAACGGCACAUUUUACCCUUGCACACACUACGGCAACUACGACCAAGUCGGCGGGCCAGGUGCGCUGGGCACCUCGCUCAAUAUACCAUGGCCGUGCAAGGGAAUGGGCGACGCGGACUACAUGUGCGCGUUUCAAAAAUGCAUUAUGCCGGUCGCAUACGAGUAUGCACCGGAUCUGGUCAUUGUUAGCGCCGGCUUCGACGCGGCGCUGGGCGACCAGCUGGGCGAGUGCUGCGUCACGCCCGCAGGCUAUGCCCACAUGACCCACCAACUGGCUGCACUCGCAAACGGCCGCAUGGUUGUCGCACUCGAGGGCGGCUACAAUUUGACAUCCAUCUCCAACUCGGCGCUUGCUGUUGCACAAACGUUGCUCGGCGAAGCGCCGCCCAUGCUGGCGCCGCAGGUGUGCAGCUCCGCUGCAGCAUCGACGGUCGAGACGGUGAUUCGCGUGCAAGCGCCGUACUGGGACUGCUUAGCGGCGACGUUGCCCUACAUGCCCUGCGCCCCUCCAAAAGCCCUUGAGAUCGAUCCGCGCGCAGCCAUGGCCGUGCAGCGGAGUAGCACAAUGUGGGAGCGGUACAAUAUGGUCAACCUGCCAGCCAAGGGGCCGCACCAAGCGCCGUUUGCGCCGAACCAGAUCCUUUGCUCGAGGUCAGUAAUGAGUGCCGAUGUCUCUGUGCUCGUUUUGUAUGUACACGACAAUGGCCCGCUCCACUAUCGCGACCCCUACCAGCAGAAUGCGCCGGGUGAUCCGUCCACGUUUGUGGUGGAGAGCACUUGUUUGGUCGCAGACUGGGCCGCGGAGCGCGGAUUUGCCUACGUGGAUUUCAAUACACUCGCCAUGUUUCCUGCCCGCAAUUGGGAAAGCUCGAAUCAGAUUGCGGCGGUGGUGCCGCAAGAUACACCGCAAGAGCAGUCCGUCUUUGAGCAGCUGCAGCACACAUGGGCUAAUUUCGUGUCUCUCAGCCCUGCGAAGCACAUCGUGCUGAUUGGCCAAGGUACGGGAUGCAAGGCCACGAUGCGGCUGGUUAGCGAUGCCAAGACGCAGCGCAGAGUCACUGCUGUGGUGCAGGUUAUGGGCUACAAUCCUGUGCCGCACAUGUACAAGCCGCGAGCGCUGAAGCAGUGGUACUACGAUCAUUCGCUCGUCCUUUGCCCCAACCAUCACCCAUUCUGUGUGUUGGGCGAGCACCUUGGCACUUCAUACAGGCCAGGGUGCGUAGUGCAGUCUGGCGAGGCCAAUGCAGAGGCUUUGCUGUGGACAGACAAGGCGCGCAUCCUCGAUUUCAUCGCACAGCAGCUAGACGACGCUGCAGAUGCAAGGCGUGUCGAAUAA